UGGAACAAAAUUACAUCAACACCACCUGAUUUUGUCAAAUUCACCUCUGAGGCGGAGUCGAGAUACGUUGCUGCGCGAGUCCGUCAGGUAGUGCUGUUUUACGCGCGAAGAGGUUCAGGGCAGCUGGAAUCACAUUCACUCGGGUCUUGGACGUGGCAUGAGUUACUUCGAGUAUGGCAUCAGUCUUGGGCCCAGCUUCUUGAAGAUGGAGUACCCGCAUCACGUAUGCCAGUUUUCGGACCCCUCAUGAUUUCAAAAAUUUAUUCGGGUUGGCGCAAUUCCAUCCCAGAUACCCCCACUCUCCCGGUAUGGACAUAUGACCCAUGGCUGGACACAGCCAAACACCGACAAAUUUCCAACCAACCGAACUCAGAUCCCCCAACUACAGUGCCUCCCGAUCAAUACCCAUUCGACUACAAAGAAACCGAAGUAGAGGGAGAAGAAUUUGUGGCAGACAAUGUCGUGGUCGAUGGAUUAGACUGGCCGUUAGAUGCGCCGCGAUACAGCGCACUUCUGUCUUCAUGGCCUGGAUAUUCCCGUGACAAGUCGAAACGAGAGCAGGGGACAAGGUCAGAGCUCCGUGUCAAGCUUCGGUUUGCUGCGCCACUAGCCAUAGGGGGGAGCGUAUCCUCCCUACGGACCUUGAUCUACAUCAUGCGUGAUAUUCACCAGAGGACAUUCGACGAGUCAACAGAAUCAGAUGCCCUCGAUCUAACCGACACCGAGUUUUGGGACUGUCUGUAUAUUGGCGGUCUUGGUCCCUCUUGGGGAAUCAAAGACAUCAGAGAGCUGAAAAGCCGCUUUGGUUGGGUUCUAGACUACAUCAGGGCUGGCUAUCUUCCACCGGAGGCAUCCCUUGUCCGAGGCGUGCUGCAAGAAGCACUCGCUAGAUCUCUACUCAAGUCUGAGAGCCACCCAUACCACCAAAAUGGCCUAUUUAACCCACACGAACUUCUAAACCCGGAUCUAUCACCCUCAUAGGUUGAAGGACUGCUUAGAUCUCAUGGGGCAUUGCCCGCGAUAACGGCAUGCUUGGAACGUCACGGUGCUGACUUCGGAUAUGGAUGGAUAUGCUCCGCCUAUGGCAUCUUAAUCAUUCAAAUCUGGGAAGAAGCCCGAAUUAUCCAAUGUUGACCAAGUGAGUGAGGAUGCCCAACCUCAACCUCCCCCCCGACUUCUGAAAGCAAAACGCAAGGCGGCACCUUUAGUCCAACCUCAAUCCCCGCCUAGACGUCUGAAC